GGAUUUGCACACGUUGACCCAAUGCCAAACACAUACAUGUGUUAAAUUUUGGCUACCACAGUAGGCACACAACAGUGUAUUGCUUAACAUCACGAACUGUAGUAAUGCAUUCCGUUUCAAGAUUUGCAAGGAUUUUCCCGCGAUGUGCUACUUCGUGUCGCUGUCUGUCAUCCUACCCCGAACCAUAUGUGGCUGUCAAUGAGCCUAUGCCUGAGUAUGCGCCAGGCAGCAAAGAAAAGAAGGAACUAGACGCAUGCCUCGCAAAAUAUCAGAACCAUGUGGAGGAUAUUCCCAUUGUUAUCGGUGACGAGGAAAUCAGAACAAACCAGGUUCACCACCAGGUUGCUCCAUUUGAUCAUCAGAAGACGAUAGCAAAGUUUACAUAUGCAUCUGCCGAUUUGAUACAGAAGGGAAUAGACACAAGUCUACGAGUACGAAGGGACUGGGAGAGGCGCCCCCUGUAUGAACGGGCAGAAAUCUUCCUCAAGGCAGCAGACCUAAUGAGUGGAAAGUACAGGAUGGACCUCCUAGCCACCACAAUGAUGGGACAGGCAAAGAAUGUUGUCCAGGCAGAAAUAGAUGCGGCUGCUGAGUUGAUUGACUUCCUUCGAUUUAAUGCGCAGUUUGCCCAGGAUAUCACGAGGUACCAGCCACUCAGUCCAACAGCAAAUAUCACCAAGAAUUCCACCGUCUACCGAGGAAUGGAGGGUUUCUGGGCAGCCAUUACUCCUUUCAAUUUCACAGCUAUUGGUGGUCAUUUAGCGUCCGCUCCAGCCAUGAUGGGUAAUGUUUGUCAGUGGAAACCUUCGGACACUGCAAUGUUAUCCAACUACACCGUGUUCAAGAUAUUCCGUGAGGCUGGUGUGCCCGCGGGAGUCAUCAACUUCGUUCCCGCUGACGGCCCAGUGUUUGGGAAUACAAUCACAAGCUCUCAUGACCUUGCAGGAAUCAACUUCACCGGAAGUGUAAAGACUUUCCAUCACUUGUGGAAGCAGGUUGGCCAGAACCUAGAGAAUUUCCGAACAUACCCAAGACUGAUCGGAGAAUGUGGAGGCAAAAACUUCCACUUCGUCCACCCCACGGCAGACGUUGACAGUGUAGUGAAUGGUACAGUUCGGUCAGCAUUCGAGUUUGGUGGUCAGAAGUGCUCGGCUUGUUCACGUGCCUACAUCCCAGCUUCCCUGUGGCCCAAGAUCAAAGAGGGCAUGAUCAACAUCCACAAACAGAUCAAAGUGGGCUCCCCGCUGGAUAACGAUACCUUUUUGUCAGCUGUCAUUGACGAUAAGUCUUUCAACCGCAUCAAGGGCUAUCUGGAUCAUGCGAAGACAUCUCCUAAUCUGAAAGUUGUUGCUGGUGGAUCCUGUGAUGACAGCAAAGGGUAUUUUGUAGAGCCAACCAUUAUAGAGACAAGUGAUCCAAAAGACAAAAUCAUGCAAGAGGAAAUUUUUGGACCUGUCGUGGCGGUUUAUGUGUACCCAGACAACAAGUACAAAGAGGUCACAAAAAUGGUCACGGAGACUUCACCUUUUGCGCUGACAGGCGCCAUUUACGCACAGGAAGAGAAUGUAAAACAGGAACUGGUUGAAAUGCUGAAGGACUCGGCUGGUAACUUCUACAUCAACGACAAGUCCACCGGGUCUGUGGUAGGGCAACAGCCCUUUGGAGGAGCUAGGCUGUCAGGUACGAACGACAAAGCUGGCGGUCCACACUACCUACUGAAAUUUGUGUCCGUCCAGUCUGUCAAAGAAACAAUGGUCCCAUCUAAGGAAUGGCGGUAUCCGUCUAUGGCCGCCUGAGGAUGUAUCGGUACUACAGUGUAAGGACUGCAUGCAUUGCUGGCCAGUGACUGCUGAGUGUGGUGCACGUGGACUAGGGACAUAACAUGUACAUACAUAUAUAGUGCUCCUUGCCAAAAUUAUGAGUAGUUUGACUAUGUUGUCAUAAAAAAAUUACAUGUCAGUUGACAAGGUCACCACUUAUAAGCAAUAUACUGUAUUUAAUUAUAUCCUAAAACAUUAGUCUGCUUUAGAAAUAUUAGGAAUGUCAUUCAAAAGACAAUUUUUCAUUCAAUGAAAUAAUUAGUAUAUUUACAAAAAAACAUAGUUACAUUCUGUUAUUAAAUAUUGUUUUCUUCAACAGAAACAAGACUGUUUUGAGUGGUUGUAAUUGAUAAGGUUAUAAACAUCAUACCAGCAUAAUUGUAAUCAACAAAUAUGCUCAACUUGGAAAUUAUCACUUGUAGGAAUAGUCAUGUUUUGACUCUUUUAACUAAUCAUGGUUUGGACAUUUUUUCGUUGGCUUUGGUUUUGAUUUUUUUUAUAUAUCUGUAUUAAUCUAUAAAUAAAAGUAUAUUUGUGUACAGAUGUUUUUGCAUUAAUAAACUCAACACACAAAAAAUAUGAAUAUUUCCAUACUUUUAGAGUAUAUAUACUUGACAGUUGAACUAAACAUCUGUAAAUAUAGAGCCAUGUUUGAUUAAGCUGGAUUAUGAAACAGGUUGAUUACUUGGAUACUUAAGAACAUAACAAACAGAUUGGUAUUUUUCUGUACAAAUCCAGUCAUUUUCAUAUACUGCCAAAUUUACCCGGAAUGAAGGUGGCUGGAUAAUAUUGAAAUUCCACUCUAGUUCAAUGUUCAGUAUUCAGUGUUAAGAUAAUUGAUAUAAUUUAACUGCUGAUGUCAUUCCAGUGUGCUCUUAAUGUCUUUUGACCUGUUCUACUGUAUCCUGCUUCAUGUAAUUUCUUAAUACUUUUUAGUAAAAGUCUUGACUUUAUGCUGAUAUUUUUAGAGAUCUGAUUUUAAUAGUCCAAAUAUUUUUGUAAAAGUGCUAACUUUAUGUUUGUAUCGUUAAGAAGUACUGGGAUUAAGGAUCUCAUCCAAAUGUAUUGCAUAUCUUUGCAGUGUUUGUUAUGCAAUGUAUAUGCCCACAGAAGAUUUAUAUAUAUAUAUAUAUUAAUAUGGCUCCAAUGAGAACACAGAAAAGGAGAUGUUGUAGAGAGCCAAUUUAGAAAUUCAAGUUUUAUUCAUGUAUAAUACUCAGAAUGUUUAUCAUAUCCGAUUUCAUGAUCUACCUAUUUGUACAUCUGCUUUUACAUUUUUGUUAAAGCUAGAUAUUAGGGAAUAUUUUAUUUUUUUCCUCCUUUCAUAUUUGAUUUUUUUCGAGUAUGUAAUGUUAAGGGUGUGUCAGGUGGAGUCUGAUUUGAUUUUACAGGUGUGUUGGGUCAAGUACAAUUUGAUUGGUGUAUGUAUGGUCAUUCAGUAAUUAAUAAAUUGUGUGUAAAUAAAUUGUGUGGCAAGUCUUACACAAUUUGCUCUCUGUG